AUGACUUCUAAUUCAAUCUCUAAUCUUUUUAAUGAUGGAGAAGUUGUUGAACAAGCAUUAAGUAAUGUUCAGGAUGAUGGUUCUGUUAAUUUAUUAUCAUUGAACUUAAAUAAUGUGUCGAAUUCUCAAUUAGUUCAUGGUCAUGGUUUAAAUGUUGGUAUACUUAAUGUCAAUGAUAAUCAAUGUGUUAAUUAUUCAUCAACAAAUGAUUCUAAUCUUAUGAAUUCUUCCACGUCAUCAGUUCGUCGUCCUCUCUCUAUAGAUGUCACUGAUGAUUUUCGUGAAGUAUCAUAUAAAAAAAGUUCUAAUCGUGGUUUAAAGCAAGUUACUGAUCAAAAUAAUCAUGUUAUUAUUACUUCACCUAUUGCACGUGUUAAUUCUGUUAAUCAACAACGUACUGGAAAUGAUAAUUAUACUGUUAUUGCUGAUGAUGUUAACUCUAAUCCACUAUUAACUCAAAGGUUCUCGAUUACAAAUGAAUCAACUCGUUAUGCUAUAACUCGUUUUCCAUUUUCACCUUUUGUUUUACAGUUUAAAUCUGGAAAGGUUACUGUUACUCAAGUUAAAGAUGAAUUAAUUCGUCACUAUAAAACGGUUCAUCACAUUGAUAUUCAUGUUUUAAAUUGUCGUUUAAUUAGGUCAAGUUCAAACAUUAAUCAAUAUAAUAUUCUUAUCUAUGUUAAAGAUGUUAUAUCAUUUUCUUUUUUUUUAAAUCAUGAACAUUGGCCAAAGUUAUUUGGUAAUGAAUCAUAUAUAUUAUCUUCGUUACCUUCAAUUCCACCUCAAUUAUCUGUGAUCAUCAAGAAUGUUGAUAUAAAUAUCGACUAUGAUGAAUUUUGUGAAGUUAUUCGUGAUAAAUUUCCUCAAGUUAAAAAUAUAUUAAGAUUGAAAAAUAAAUUUCAAAAUGAUAUUAAAAUGAUUAAAUUAGAAUUUACAUGUCCUAAUGUUCGUGAUAAACUAUUAAAUGAUCGUCGAAUUCUUGUUAAUCACAUUUCAUAUGAUGUUGCAGAAUUCUUAGCUCCUGCUCAUGUACUUAUCUGCUCCAAGUGUAUGGCACUUGGCCAUUUUAAAAAGCAAUGUCCUCAAACUAAAGAAACUUGUCGAACAUGCAGUGAACUUGUCGAUGAUAUCAAGAAACAUAUAUGUUCCAAGAUUGAAAAAUGUAUUCAUUGUCAAUUGAACCAUAAAUCUAGUUCUCUUAAAUGUACUGUUGUUAAAGCUUAUCGUGCAGAACUUACUCGUAAGCUCUUACAUAUGAAUAAUCCACGUGCAGCUACAGUUGAUACUAAUAAUAUAAUGAAAAAUUAUGUGUAUAAAUCGUCAAACUUUAUACCGCCUCCUGUUUCUUAUGCAUCAGCAAUUAAUUCAACAAUUAAUUCAACAAUUAAUCCUAUGAUUAAUCCUAUGAUGAAAAAACUUGAUGAAUUAAUGAAUACUAUGUCUGAAAUGAAGAAUCAACUUGCUAGUUUUGAAGCUAAACAAAAUACAAUUGAACAAUUUAUUAUUGCUAAACAAGAAGGUGAUAAUCUUAUAAAACAAAAUUUGGAUGAACUUUCUAAGCAUCAAUUUGAUUUGAAAAAAGAAGUUACUCAUCAUGGUUUAUUUAUUGAUCGUCAUGAAAAUUUAUUUAUGAAUUUAUCGAUACCUUUUUUUCAAGAUAUAUUUACAUUUAUUUCAUCUUUGAAUAAAGAUAAGAAGGGUAAUACAUUGGAUACUGAUUUAAAAGGUAAAAUAGAGCACUACCUUAUGCAAAUGAAGAAUGUUCAAGAAGGUAAAACUUUAUUAAACUAA